AUGCAUUCGGCUCUCAAAAUAUCCCACCGUAAGUUUUUCCACAGCUCACCAGCGAAGGCCAGAGAAAAACCUCCAGGAACCAGUGAAGUCCACCAGCGUGAGGAGGUUUGUCACUGGCCAUGCAGAUGCCCACCUGUGCCAACCUGCACCCCCGGGGUAAGCUUGGUGAAGGACGGUUGCGGCUGCUGUAAGGUCUGCGCCAAGCAGUCAGGAGAGGCCUGCAAUGAAGCAGACAUCUGCGAUCCCCACAAAGGCCUCUACUGUGACUACUCGGAAGACGAGCCUAGGUAUGAAACAGGCGUGUGUGCAUAUCUGGUAGCUGUAGGAUGUGAGCUCAAUGGAGUUUAUUAUCUUAAUGGGCAGACCUUCCAACCUAACCCACUUUAUAAGUGCCUGUGCAUCGGUGGUGCAAUUGGAUGUACACCUGUAUUUGCACCAAGAUUAGCAGCGAGUCCCUGCACCAGGGUCACGGGCAGAAAGAAGCCCAGACAAUCCAUCUGUGGCCCAGGACAGCACAAGCAGCUUCAAUCGACAAGCUACAGACUGAUGUCAGCUUACAGAAGCUUACCGCUAGUUUUGAAGAAAAAUUGCCUAGUACAGGCAACUCCCUGGACCCACUGUUCCAGGACCUGUGGCAUAGGCAUAUCCAGCAGAGUCACCAAUGAAAACAGAAAAUGUGAAAUGAAAAAAGAAAAGAGAUUAUGCUUCAUCCAGCCUUGCCUGACCAAUAUACUGAAGACAAUAAAGAUUCCGAAAGGAAAAACAUGUCAACCGACAUUCCAGCUUCCUACAGCAGAGAAACUAGUUUUUUCUGGGUGCUCAACUACUCAGAGCUACAAACUAACUUUCUGCGGGGUGUGCUUGGACAAGAGGUGCUGCAUACCUAAUAAAUCCAAAAUGAUCACUGUACAGUUUGAGUGUCCCAAUGAAGGCUUCUUUACAUGGAAGAUGAUGUGGAUAACAUCGUGCGUAUGUCAGAGGAUUUGCAGUGCUCCAGGAGAUAUAUUUUCUGAACUCAAAGUUGUAUGA